AUGUACACACAGCUCAUUGCCGCCGUUGCUUGGUUGGCCAGCACAGCCACAGCUGAGACCGUCCACGGUGCAGUGGUUUUCAGUCGUCAUGGAGAUCGCACGACCAAGUGGUACGGCGCUCAAAGGCUUACCAGCCUUGGUGCGUCACAAAACUUUCAAGUCGGCAGCGAGUACAGAGCCCGUUACCUGGAUGCUAGCUCGUCCAGCCAAAUCCUCGGCGUCUCUGCGGACCAAUAUCCACGGCGUUCCUCCAGGGCCUCUAUCCUCCCUCUGCUUGACCUUGCCCCGGCGAUUGCCACUCAAACUCUUAACAACGGCACGAACAGCACGAGUCCUCUCGAUGGCUACCAGUACGUCCUGCUGCACGGCGUUGCCGACAACUCGCCCGACACAAUCUGGAUCAAGGGUGACGACGCCUGCCCGGCUUACGUGAAUGCAUCCAAGUCGUUCAAGACGAGCGAGCUUUUCACAGAGCGUGUUGAGGCUACGCGUGAUUUCUACGGGGGCUUCUACGACGUCCUGAGCGAGGGUGUCUACAACCUCAAGCCCGAGAAUAUGACCUACGCCAAAGCCUACGAUAUCUUUGACCUCAUCAAUGUUGCGCGCAUCCACAACAUGACCUCAGCUGCUCGCAAUGUUUCAGACGAGGAUCUCUUCCAACUCCGCACCCUUGCCGAUUCGGCGGAGCAUGGCCUCAACUGGAACGAGUCGCAGCCCAUGCGCGCUCUGGGUGCGGAGACACUUUCGGGUGCAGUUCUCUCGCAACUGAACCAGACUGUUGCGUCCAAGGGAAAGCUAAAGUUCUCCUUCCUGGCCGGAAGUUAUGACACUUUUCUUGCUUUCUUUGGUCUAGCCGGCUUGCUCGAGGUUUCUGAUAACUUUUACGGCCUGCCAGAAUACGCUUCCACCAUGUCGUUUGAGCUGUUCAGCGACGACGCUCAGGAAUUUCCUGCGAACCCGGAUGAAGAUCUCCGCGUGCGCUGGCUGUUCAAGAAUGGCACUGAUGGCGAUCUGACUGCCUUUCCUCUGUAUGGCACUGGCGAGGACUCCCUUCCUUGGUCGCGCUUUGUCUCCGAGACGCGAAAGCGCGCCAUCAGCGAUGUUGGUACUUGGUGCAACAAGUGCUCAGCUGCUGAAGACUUUUGCGCCGCCUACGAGGAUGAUGCCAGUUCGCAGAGCGAGGGCAGCGACAACAAUGGAAGCGGAGGCAUGUCGAACGCUGUUGCUGGGGUUAUCGGAGCCGUUGUAGCGCUGACCAUCGCAGGCCUGGCGGCUGCUAUCUUAUUUUUCCUUCGUAGGCGCAAGGGCUCCGUUGCUUCCAGCAAGGAUAGCGUGAAAAGCGUCGCUACCGACGCGAGCCGGACCAAGGUUUGA